UUAAAAAUUGAAUUAUAAAUGACAGAAUAACUUAAAGUCAUUUUGGUGUUCAAAAUGUUCACCUAACUUGCUCCCACCUGCUGGUAUUAAUAAUUCCGACAGCACGUAAAGGCAGCAGUAUGCUUCAUAACACCUCAGUGUAAAUCUGUUCCUGAAGGAGGCAUGGCUGCUCUCUUUAAAGCGAGAAAAGCGCUGGGUCUCUGUCUCUCCGGCUGCCGGGGCUUCUCUGCUCUGGCUGAACUCCCGGAGACUCACCAGCUGCUCAGACAGACCUGCAGGGACUUCGCCGACAGAGAGCUGACCCCCAUCGCCGGAAAACUCGACAAGGAGCAUGCUUUCCCUAAAAAACAGAUCCAGGACUUGGGGGCGAUGGGCGUGAUGGCCAUGGAGGUCCCUGAGGAGCUGGGGGGGGCGGGGAUGGACUACCUGGCCUACAGUCUGGCCAUGGAGGAGAUCAGCAGAGGCUGCGCCAGCACCGGGGUCGUGGUGUCCGUCAAUAACUCUCUGUACAUCGGGCCCAUAUUAAAGAAUGGCACAGAGGAGCAGAAGCAGCAGUGGAUCACACCGUUCACCACCGGAGAGAAGGUGGGCUGCUUCGGACUCAGUGAGCCAGGUAACGGCAGCGAUGCGGGCGCUGCCUCCACGGUGGCUCGUCAGGACGGAGAGGACUGGGUUCUGAACGGGACCAAAGCCUGGAUUACCAACAGCUGGGACGCCUCGGCCACCAUCGUGUUCGCCACCACCGACAAGAAGCUCAAACACAAGGGUAUCAGCGCCUUCCUGAUCCCAAUGCCUCACCCCGGUCUCUCUCUGGGGAAGAAGGAGGACAAGCUGGGCAUCAGGGCCUCGUCCACGGCCAACAUCAUCAUGGAGGACUGCAGGAUCCCACUGGGAAACAUGCUGGGCCCUCGAGGGGCCGGAUUCAAGAUCGCCAUGCAAACUCUGGACAGCGGGCGGAUCGGGAUCGCUGCUCAGGCUCUGGGAAUCGCUCAGGCCUCUCUGGACUGCGCUGCGGACUACGCUCUCAAACGCUGCGCAUUCGGAGCGCCCAUCGGGAAGCUGCAGGCCAUACAGUUUAAGCUGGCGGACAUGGGGGUGGCGGUAGAAAGCGCUCGCCUGCUCACCUGGAAAGCUGCUUUUCUCAAAGACUCAAACCAGCCCUUCACUAAGGAAGCAGCUAUGGCCAAACUGGCAGCGUCUGAAGCCGCCACCUUCUGCUCUCAUCAGGCGAUCCAGGUCCUGGGGGGGAUGGGUUACGUCACCGACAUGCCGGCGGAGAGGCACUACCGCGACGCUCGCAUCACGGAGAUCUACGAGGGAACCAGCGAGAUCCAGAGGCUGGUGAUCGCCGGACAGAUCCUGAAGGAGUACCAGUGAUGCUCACAGAGACAAUGAAUCACAGAUCUGGAGUCAGACGAGUCGAGCUGGAGACCUUACCUCAUAGAUUCAUGAGAGCUGAGCUGCAGAUUUUAUACCUUUUUACCAAAACACUAUUAACUGCAGAACUUCAGACAGGUUUGCGUGUCAAUUGAGAGUUCAGGUGCUUAUUUUUGACUGUAAGCUCCAAAACUUCACGUUUCUUUGCUGAUUGUCUCGAUGCAGCGACAGAUUUUCGGGUCAGUCAAGAAAUCCAAAUAAAUAACGGUAAUGCCAUGCAUAUAAAAGGUUGGAUAUUUGUCUCCUUUUCAGCAAUUAAUACUUAAAUAUUCUGCUUUUCAAUACAGUUAUCCAUCAAUUUAGGAUUGUACUUUAAUAAAACUAAAGGAACCAAGUCAAAAAGAAAUACAUCUGCUUGGAAAUGAGAAUAUUUAAGAUGCCACGGCUGCAAACGGAAGCUGCUUAUAGAUAAUUUGGACAAUUUUGCAUACACUUUUUCACAAAUACAGGCCAAAACAACAUCAACUAACCGUGUAUUAUUACUGUUAUUAUUAUCAAAUGGACACGAGAUCAAUUUUUCCAGGGUUUUCUGUGAACUGAGCCUUAAAACAUGCAUUACCUGUGAGAGCCAGCAGGGGGCAGUGCAGUGCCUUCACGACUCUGACUCUAUUCUUCUUCUUCCAUCAAUUCCUUCAAAAAACUGCAAAGUAAUCACAUUACUUCCCAGAAUGAACACAUUUGCUGACGAUAGUUUUACUAAUUUAAUAUCCUGAAUGUCAGUCUGAGACAAACUGGAGUGAUUGUGGUGAAAACAGCCUGAUUAUUGAAGCAUUUCAGGGGAUAAAAUGUGAAUUAAAAAACAGUUUGUCUGCUUAUAUCUGGUUGAUUUCACAGUGCCUCAAUAUCUUGUACAUAUAUGAUGUAUUUAUGGUGUGUGGAUGCUAAUAAAAAACACUUACAGGAA